UGGAACAAUGGCAGCCUUUGCUCCAAAAAUCGAUCCCAGAAAAAUGAUUAAUAAUAUCAUUGUUUUUGCAGCUCCCUACGGCUACAAUUAAAGUGCGAUUCAUUGUUAUUGCGAAGGACUCAUGAACAUGGCGUCCUCCGUCACUAGCAGCUGCUCUGUGCCGUUUCUCGUGAAGCAAGAGUUAACAAGUCUAGUGAUGCUACCGGCGCACCAGAGCAGUCAUCUUCGCGGACAAGCGGCGCCGCCGCCGUCGCUGCUGUUGGCGCCCGAGAGCAUGACGACGCUCUACUACCGAUGCAUCUCGUGCAGCGAAUGCUUCUUCACCGAGGAACGCUUCGUCGCGCAUGCGAAGGCAGUCCACUGUAAGGUGCUCGUCUCGCAGGGGCAGGACCCGGGGCAGACGUCGGCCGUGGAGCCGAGCGCGUGCAACGCGGUGUCGAGCCACAUGACGGUCGUUCACGCGGAGACGCUCAACCCGAACAUCCUCAGCAAUGGCACCUUUCUCCAGUCCGCGGCCGCGCAGCAGGGGAAUCUCGCCGUGAAAUCCGAGGCGUCGAAUCUCGACUUUGGCAUUCCCGGCCCCCUCGACUCCUGGCCGUGGAAUUCCGCCGCCGACACCGCCAACUGGAAGAAACCGCCGAACGUCGACUACCAGUGCGACGGCGGCAUGUUUAAAACCGUCGACAAGCGGGCAACCGAGGUCGGCGGUUCUCCGGCGAUGGAGACGGACGACGACGACGACGGGCUGUGCGUGCUCGAGACGUGCGGGUAUCCAUACAGCGCCGCCGCCGUCGCCACGACGACGACGAACAGCGAGGAGUCCGACAUCGUCGAGGCGUUGAAGAAGCUGCAGGAGGAGAUCCAACCGCGCGCGGCGACGACGUCGACGAUGCAGCGGGACGCGUCGGACGCCGGCGGGCUCCCCAUCGUGACGGCCGUGUCCGGCGCGGCGCAGAUACCGGCGCCGACGACGAGAAGGCGGCGUCGCGGGAGACCCUCCCUCGACCAGCGAGAGGAGGAGGUUCCCGCGAAGGUGGAGGAGCCGGCGGCGGCGGCGGUGCAGCCAGUUCACAGUCCGCCGUGGCGGUGCAAGGUGUGCAACGCCAUGUUCGCGCAGAGCGGCCUCCUGAAGCGGCACGUCAACCAGCACCACUCGCCGAACAAGCCCGAGUACCGGUGCGGCUCGUGCGACGCGACGUUCCGCUGGCUGGGUACACUGCGCGCGCACCAGCGGAGCCACGACGGCCGCGCCAGCAGCGAGAUGCCGUACAAGUGCGACGUGUGCGCGGCGCCGUUCCGCCAGCUCGUGCAGCUGCAGAGCCAUCGGCGCGUGCACUCGGACGAGCGGCCGUGGGGCUGCGCGACGUGCGGGGCGACGUUCGCGCGCGAGACCACGCUCUACAUCCACCGGCGCAUCCACACGGGCGAGAAGCCGCACGCGUGCGAGCUGUGCGGCAAGACGUUCCGGCAGAUUGGCACGCUGAAGACGCACCGCCGCGUGCACACGGGCGAGAAACCCUACCAGUGCAGCGUCUGCGAGAAGUCGUUCGCCCAGCAGGGGGCGCUGAAGGCGCACUACCGCGUGCACAGCAUGGAGAAGCCGUACCAGUGCGGCACGUGCGGACGCACCUUCUCCCAGCUCAGCACGCUCAACAACCACGAGCGCCUCCACGCGCCGCCACCCUUCCCCGCCGAGCAGCCACCCUCGACCGCGCCGGCGCCCUUCCCCGCCGAGCAGCCACCGCCCUCGACCGCGCCGCCCGGCGGCGGCGGCGGACACCCGUAUAAGUGCGAUACGUGCGGCGCGGUGUUUGCGAUGAAGCACGUGCUCGCGGUGCACAUGCGCGUUCACACGGGCGAGCGACCGUUCCCGUGCGACGAGUGCGGAAAGACGUUCUCGCAGCGAGCGACGCUGAACAACCACCGGAGGGUUCACGCCGCCGCCGCCGCCGCGGGGGACCAGACGCACGCGUGCGGACGCUGCCCCGCGACCUUCCCCAACGCGCACGCGCUCAGCGCGCACCACGCCGCGGGGUCGUGCGGCGGCGCGGACGGAGACGCGACGUCCUCCGCUGCUUCCGCAUCCUCUGCUGCUUCCGAAUCGAAGGGGCUUCACCACGAACCGGUAGUGCCUAACGCGACGGCCGCGUCUUGGAACUGUGAUACGUGCGGCGCGGAGUUUGCGCACCAGAGUUCCCUGAGCAUCCACCGGCGGAUUCACACGGGCGAGAAACCGUACCCUUGUGAUCUGUGCGGGAAGACGUUUCGUCAGAAGGGUACUAUGCAAACGCACCGGAGAAUUCACACGGGCGAGAAGCCGUACAAGUGUGAUCUUUGCAACAAGGCCUUUACGCAGUUGAGUCCGCUGAAGACCCACAAGAAAACGCACAUUGAACGCAAGUUGUAACGCGAGUUUACACGUAUUGUUGCAACGUGGUCGAAAACUAUUCUUAAAAGCCAACUAAGGAAAGCCUAACUUAAAACCUGUUUGCUGCUAGCUAUAUAGAUGAUCAUUUCCAUUAUCUCCCCAUGUGGGAUGUGUUUUUUGGCAUACGCACAGUGUAGCGAUCUCAAUUAAAUGCAGUUUUACUUUUUUAAAUAUGGGAUGCUCUGAUUAGUAUUUAUAUUGUCCAUGUUUAAUGUAUUUUACACCCAAGAAACUGAGAUCAAAAUGGAUGUGACUUUUUAACCAUGUUUCUUUUUGUGUACCACACCUUUUAGUUUCAGACAUAGAGUCAGGUUGUCUUUUGAAGCUUCCAUAAUUUAUACAUAGUUCCUACAAAACGUUUAGGAACAAUAUGGUUACAUUUCCACAUGACUUUUUCCAUGUACGUGUAUGAUGUAUUGAUUCUCACAAACUACGGUAACCAACUAUAGGUUUACUAUGAAUUAUCUUUUAGAUUGUUUUUACAGCAUCUAAUUUUUUAUGACGUUUACUUUAAAUUUGAUUUCCUAGAUUUGACUGCCAGGUGUAGUCAUGCACACACACACACACACACACACAGUGACGCAAAGGGAUUUUCAGAAUUAAAGAUCCAGCUAUUACUUGUGUAUUCAUAUUGUACAAACUUGCAGCUGCUUUCACUGUCAGUGACGACGACGGAUAUUAGUGCAUGUCGUCUAGGAUUGAUGCGCCCAAUAGGUUGUAUGUGGCCGUGUAUGGAGUGAUGGUAAUCCCUGUACUGUAGGCUGCUACUAAUGUAUACAUGUGGAUAUUGUAAUGUGCUUUGAAUAUUGAUUUGCAGCAUGUAUCUCAUCAUGUGCGUACUAGGUGUAUUAUCUAUUAUGCACAGUAAGCCAUAUAUAUAUAUAUAUAUAUAUAUACAACUUUGGAGCUUCACGUGUUUGAUAGCAAUGCAUAUAUAGAGUAUACAUUACAUAUAAAAGUUACAUUAGUACUACCAGCGUUUUUCUAUUGUAUGUGUGUGUACACACACUCGAUCGCGUGUUGUGUAUAGUUCAUGACUUGUUACAUGACAGUAUCUAUAAAGACGUAUGUAUUUAGAUGCAGUUUACAAACUAUUGGUUAUCUCCACGUAAUUGUGGAUAGGUUAUUUAAUUGAAAUGUAUAGCGUACCCAUGAAAAAUUACCAUGAUCUUGUGCGGUCACGAUUCACGAUCCAGUAAAUCAUCGGUAUCAUAGCUGAAUAUUGCUUAACAGCGGUAUAAUCGUCUAGAAAUGCACAGCGGUCGGUAAUCUAUUACGAAAUACUUGUGCACUGGCUUCUGAGAUUGUUGCCAGAUAGCGUCAUUCCGAGCAUAUCUAUACAAUGUGUAGAUUUGUGUUCAUGGUAUCGUUAACAUCUCGCCGUUUUGAGGUCCGCAAGCCCAUCCUAGAUCACCCACCGUAACUUAGUAUAAAUAUUAGAUUAAAUAUGCAAACUGGUCUUGCAAGAUUAUUCUUAUUGUGUGUGAGAAAUGUCGUUGACAGAGGACAAUACCUAACCAAUUUAUAUUUUAGUAUGCACUAGUAUACCAGAAUGAUUGCAAGAGAGAAACUGCAAGUGGUGAUUCGUUACCCAAAAUGGCAAGAGCAAAGUAUGUGAAUCAUUUUUUUGGUGUUAAAUAUAAACUGCAAGGGCUUGAAAGUCCGUAUCUCAUGUUACAAGAAGGUCGACGAGUGGUCCACGAAAACAUAUACGUUCAAUGACAAGUUGAAAUGUUGAAUGUUCAAAGAUGAAACACUAAUAGUUUAUGUCUAUCCAAAGUGAAAUUGGUGCUUCCAUAAAUAAGUUUGCUGAUCAUUUCUUGCCACGUUGAUACUAGACCAGGUUAGCAAACGCACGUAAUGCUGUAAUUGAUGUAAUACUGUGUGUAUAGAUAUCUAUCUAUAUGCCUAAUAGCCUAACGCACAAGAUGGACGAUAAUUGAACGCUAGCUAACCGCUCUCGCUAGAUAUGCAAUUUAUUGAUUAUUUUCUCGCACAAACCAGCAGGUACGGCAUAUUAUGUAAUAGGCGUUAUAUGAACUUGAUCAGUGACCACGCAUAGCAUGGACGGUAUAGGUAAUGUUACCCAAUAGCGGUUGUUGUAAAAUUAUCUUUGAAUAUUUUUAUGCAAAUAUGAUAUUGUUAUAAAAAUGGUUCUAAUUUCUUGAUCGAGCCGAAGGAUGUGGUUCUGGACAAGUAUCCUUCCGGCAUCAUAGUGAUUGGCUUUGGUGUAGAAUCUCAACUUGGAUUUCAGUGCUUCAAGCUUCAUAAUAUUUCCAUUAGCAUAUAUAUUAUGUAUAUAUAUAUAUAUAUAUAUAUAUAUAUAUAUAUAUAUAUAUAUGCAUAAUACUCAGCCGCAUAUAAUGUGCAAUGUCCAAUUGUCCAUCCAUAAUGAUUCCAAGGUAGAGACUUUGCAAAACUUUAGAUGUCAUAACUAUAUGCAGAUUUGACUGAAAAUGGAAGCAAUUUCCUUGUUGGUGGUUUGAUGCUUAUAUCUGUAGACAUUUUUUUACAGAAAAAAACUUGAUAAAAAUACAACAGUAGGAUGUUUGUGUAAAUAUGUAUAUUAGAGCUGUAAAUGAGUAAUUUUCGAUUGCCAAAUUACUUUAAUUUGCCAUGCAUUCAACUAGAAUUUCUGCCAUGGUCAUGCGGGCAAGUGUUGAAUUUUUUAUUCGUACCGCGUAGAAUUCCCCACCAAGUCAUGGAAAUCUAACGAAACUGUGAUGCAUUUUAUUGUUUACACAGUCACGUACACAUUACGUGUACUCGUUCAUAUUUAGUCAUUUAUUUGCACUCGGAGUUUGCAUGGGUGCGAAACAUGACAUGAACUGUACAACAAAGUGGACCAGUAUAGUUUUAGUGGUGGUAAAUUCAAAUGCAAAAUGGUCAUUAUUACAUAUAUGCAGUUCGUUGUAUAAUUGGCGAGUGUAUAUCAUUCUAACAAGAGCCUCAUAAGUAUUACUUAAUACUUAAGUGGUACGUAAGUAUUAAGUAUUAUUAAGUAUUGCCUAAUACGCUCUUGAUUCCAAGUAUGUAAUACGGUAUACCUUAUGAUGCAUAUGUGUAAUAGAAUGCAAGUGGUGAAGUUGCUUGGGUUUUGUGAUACUCCAACGAUAGCCAGCUAGAACUUUUUAAACGAACAAAAAAAGAUCCAGCCUUCAUGUAGGCGUGUAAAGGACUAUUGGGAGUGUGAAUCAUAGGUGCUAUGUUGCUGUUGAUAGCAACAGUUACACUGAGUAGAGUUGUGGUCUAGUAGUACUUUAAACAUAGUGAUUGUAGUAGUGUUCUGUAGUGAUAGCGUGAGUAUAUGUUAUAACGUAGAAGCCAUAAAAAUCCAAUGUUUCUAUACAGUUGCAGUCUGUCAUGAAGUGUUCAGUUCAGUCUGUAUAUUCAGUGUGUGUGUGUUAUUUUUAUUUGGUAAAGAGUAACCGUAGUGAAUGACUCGGUGAAUACCGAAGCAUGGAAUUCUCGUGCGGAUGUUUAGUGCCGCGUUUGGAGCACAGUGCCACUAUUGGUAUACACAUACUGCUUAUGGCUAGUUGCAAGCAGUUGAUACAGUUGUGCUUUAACAGUUGUAGUCUUUUAAACAUAUCCACACUGAUGUUUAUGUAUGAAGACGAUAUAGCGUGUUAUAAGUGUGGCAGUGAAUCCACCUGCGCACGACCUGUGAAUUAUAGGCUUUCCUACUGUGUGUAGCAAAGACAAGAUGAGUAAUGGCAGCUGUAACGGCAACAGUAUUGGCAGUGACUUCCUAAUUCUUGGUAAUUCACAUAUUCAGACGUCUUGCAGUCGUACA